AUGUCUAAAAAGCUCAACCCCCAGCUACAACACAAUAUCAGAGAAGAUGCCUAUUGUGAGACACACCUGGAACCACCACAGCUGUUCUGUGACAAUGACCAAGUCACACUUUGCGGCAAGUGCUUCCAGUCCCAGGAGCACAAGAAUCACGUAGUAUAUGGGAUACAAGAAGCUGCUGAGAAUUACAGGAAAUUAUUCCAGGAAAUAUUGAACACAUUGAGAAUGAAACUUGACGUAGCUAAGAGCAUAUUGACUGAUGAGCAAGAAAGAAUGAGGGUGAUUCAGGAAGAGGAGCAGAAUUUUAAAACGAUGAUUGAGUCUGAAUAUAGCAUGCAGUUCCGGUUGUUGAGUGAAGAGAAUGAUCUGAACUUCCUGAGAUUGCACAGAUACCAAUGUGACUCAAACAUAAGAGGAGUCAGUCUGAAUCAUUUGAACAGAUUUGCCACAGAGCUGGAGGAGAAGUCCCAGGAGAUGCUACAAAGACUGCACUAUUUGGGAAGAGAGAACAUGAAUAAACUGAAGGAGAGUGAAGUCAAGAUUUCUGAACAGCUCUGCAGCCUCCAAAGGAUCACCUCAGAGCUGAAGAACAAGUGUGCGGAGUCUGCCUUAACACUGCUCCAGAAUGCAAGGUAUUAUUUGGAAAGACAUAUAACUUUGGAUCCUGAAACAGCUCAUCCCUGCCUAGUCUUAUCUGAGGACCUGAGAAGAGUGAGAGUUGGAAAUCUCCAGCAGGGUGUACCGUGCCACCCAGGGAGACUGGACUUCAGUGCUACAGUGAUGGGUUUGGAAAGCUUCACCUCAGGGAGGCACUACUGGGAGGUCGAUGUGGAAAAGGCAACCAGGUGGCAGUUGGGCAUAUCGGAGGACUCCGCAGACAGAAAGGGCAACAUGCCUGAAGCUUCCAAAGUCUUACUCACAGGAUCCUUGAUGGGGACCAAUUACACCUUCUGGGUCUUUCCCCCUUUAAAAAAGGUCUGCUUGAGAAAGCAAAUGCUUAAAGUGGGAGUCUUCCUAGAUUAUGAGUAUGGGCAGAUAUCAUUCUACAAUGUGACAGAGCGAUCCCUUGUUUAUAAUUUCUCUUCUCUCACCUUCCAAGGAGCUCUCAGACCCAUAUUUUCUCUUUGUAUUCCAAAUGGAGACAUGAAUUCCGAUUCGCUCACUAUCUCUUUGCCUCGUGUUCCUUCCUGA